UUUGGCGUUUUUAUAUUCAAAUUUUACUGUCACUCUGUUAUUCAGUUGACAAAUUUCCACACAUACAGUGUACAGAGGCAUUUGAAAAGGAAAAUAUGAUGCUGUCGCAAUCAAUUUUAGCCGGUGUCCGUGUUCUACGCACUGAGGCACGUCGCAACAUUGCCAUAGUUGCACCAGCUCUGAACAAGGCAUCCGAUCCCAUCCAGCAACUGUUCCUAGACAAAGUUCGCGAAUAUAAGCAAAAGAGCGCGGGCGGCAAGUUGGUCGACUCUAAUCCUGAAAUUGAGCGAGAACUGAAAAACGAGCUAGAGCGUGUUGCCAAGCAGUACGGCAGCGAUGGAAAGACCGAUAUGCUUAAAUUUCCCGAAUUUAAGUUUCCCGAUGUGAAGAUUGACCCAAUAUCACAAGGCGCCAACUAAACAACACUAUGAAUUCGUUAAAUUGUUUUAAGUUAUUCUCAUCCAGAGGGCUGCCUGUAUGAACUUGAAUCAAGCAAGCGACUAUUAAAUCGGCACCAAGUCAAUAAUAAAACACGAUAUCGGAAAAAGCUUCUUAUAUAGUA